GUGCUUCGUGCGACGGUAUAAAUGCGAACUAAACUUAUUCACAUGAUCAAAGACUGUCAGAGACGUUCAUUUGCAAGUGUAUCGUUGUGGCCUUUCCGCAUGGUCGUUCGACUUCAUGUUAGUUUUCACUGUUUGCAGUUGUGCCGGCUCGAUUUUGGGGAAAACGUGAAAGAGAGAUAACUCGUAACAGUAACAGGCAUUCGAGGAUUAACAGAAAAAUGACGGGUGCAAGUGGCGCGAGCAGCAUAACCUAUGGUGCACUACCAAAAUGGCAACUUGCCUUAGCCGUUGGAGCGCCGGUCGCUUUGGGCCUUGGUUAUAUGUAUUAUAGGAACAGUAACAAGACCACGCCAAAGUCGAACCGAGGUAAAUUGAAGAGCAACUCGAAGAAAAAUGGCACGCCAGCCGCUGACAAACAAAUCUCUAUUGACGUUGAUUGUCCACCGAAAACUACCCCCGAACCAGAGACAGAAUUGGAAAAAGCGCAAAGAUAUAAGUGCGAAGGGAAUACUCAGUUUAGAAUAGGAAAAUACGACGAGGCUAUAAAGCAAUAUACUAAAGCAAUCGACACAUGUCCACCUGAAAAUACAGAGGAUCUUGCUACGUUUUAUCAGAACAGAGCAGCUGCCUAUGAACAACUGAAAAAAUACAGUGCUGUAAAAGUAGAUUGUACAAAGGCCUUAGAAUUAAAACCAAGGUAUACAAAAGCCUUAUUACGUAGAGCACGAGCAUUAGAAUGCUGCAAUGAUUUUGAAUCAGCCUUGGAAGAUGUUACAGCUGCUUGUAUUUUAGAAAGCUUUUCUAAUCAGAGAACAUUGGAAAUGGCAGACAGGGUUUUGAAGCAAUUAGGUAAACAACAUGCAAUGGAACAUUUGGCAAACAAAAAAUAUAUUAUGCCUAGUAAACAUCUCAUUAAAAAUUAUAUUAAUAGUUUUUAUAAAGAUCCUGUUUUCGCAUUGCUCAAAAAUGCUGACAAUAGUAAUCUAUCGCAAGGUUUCGCAAAGAUUUUAAAAUCCAUGAAGGAGGAAAAAUAUGAUAAUAUAAUACAACUGUGCACUGAAGAACUUGGCGAUUCAGAACCAGAUGCAGUGCCACAUGGAAUGGAAAUGUUUCUAUUAAGAGCAACAUUUUACCUUUUGCUAGGACAAUAUGAAACUGCUAUAAAAGAUUUUGAUACUAUUAUAAACAGUGAUGUUGUUUCAAAGAGUAUAAAAGUGAAUGCCUUUGUAAAACGAGCUUCUUCGUACAUGCAUUUAGAGAACCCGGAAAAGAGUUUCCAUGACUUUAAUAUGGCUGUAGAACUUGAUCCUGAAUGCGGUGAUAUUUAUUCUCAUAAAGGACUGGCAAACUUGCUGAUUGAAAAAAUAGAAAAAGCUAGAGAAGACUUUAAGAAAGCUGUUGAUCUCAAUCCUGAAUUUGAAGUGGCAUACGUGCACAAAUGUUACGCAGACUAUCACUACGGUAUAAUUACCAGGGACAGGGAUAUAUCAACAGAGGCUAUAAUAGGUUUUGAGAAGGCUUUUGAAAAAUUCCCAAGUUUCCCUGACUGUUACAUCUUGUAUGCUCAGAUACUAUCAGAAACGCAAGAGUUUCAAAAAGCAGACAGUUAUCUUUCCAAAGCGAUCGAGAAAUAUCCAGAUAAUGCUGCUACAGCAUAUGUACAUAGAGGUUUAUUACAAUUGAAAUGGGUCGGAGAUGUUGAUAAAGCUGUGGAAUAUAUCAACCAUGCAUUGAAAUUAGAUAAUAAAUGUGAAUUUGGGUAUGAAACCCUAGCAACAAUUGAAGUUCAAAGGGGAAAUCUAGAAAGAGCAAUAGAAUUAUUCGAUGAAGCUUUGGCGCUGACUCGCACGACACCGGAGCUAGUGCAUAUUUUCGGUCUAAGAAAUGCCGUGAAAACUCAGCUCGCAUUGAAAGAUAAAUUAGGCCCGGACAUACCACUGAUGAAUAUACCGGCCGUUUCAUAAUUUUUCAUACAAUUCUACACUGACCGCACUCGGAACGUCGAAUAAGCGAAAUACACAUGGUUACCAAAACUAAAGAAUAAAAUCUCGUAUGUACGGUAUGAUUCACAGGUGUAAUUUUAUGAACGAUUUAAAGCAGAUUUCAUGAUAGUAUAGAAAUUCUUCUCACAAUUGCAGAAACAUGUGUAUUAUCUACUAUUUAACUGAUCUAUAACGUUCGCCCCCUUUUUGGAAGAAAAAUUUAUUGCAUGCGUUGCUGACUGAUCACUGUUGUUCAUCCGCUGUUUCGUUGUAACAGUUCCUUUUAUAAAUUCCGUCGAAUGCAUUUUCUGAAGUUCACGUCCGUGAACGUAAGGCUUUUGGAAAAGUACUAUGUCAGUUUCUUGUUGUCCGUAAACCUCGCGAUUGUGAAAUUCCUAUGUACAAUAUUUAUUAUUUAUCUGUAUUGUGAACUAUUACGUUAAAUACAUUUAAAUGAUACAAGGAUGCUCACAAUUUUUUUGUAAUAUUUAGGAAAGUAUGCAUAUAUACAUACAUACAUAUGUACACACACGCGUAUUGCCGACGAUAAAGGAAUCCUUGAAACAACUGCUGCAAUUUACUUAUAAUAUAUAAUAAUUUAUUGAUCAUUGUAAUUGUGAGUCUGACAUUGUAUUUUAUAUUACUUUGUAUAUAAUGCAUAUAAAACAUUUUUAACAGAACCAUGUAAAAUUUAUGUAUAUACAUAUAUGUGUAUAUAUAUAUAUGUAUUUCUUUUAUAUAUACUUUUCGUGUAUAUGUAUAUAUACAUAUGUAUGUAUGAUCUUGAAAGUAUAUGUACAUCUAAAAAUUCUUGUACAAAAGAUAUCUCACAAAACAGUGUAUCGCUUUGCUAUGAAACAAUAUUGUAAUUUUGUAGGACACUGUAUAUACUUUAUUUUUUAACCCAUUUGUUUUCAUGCCUCCUUAUGAUGUUAAUGGGUUAAUAUGUGCCUUUUCAAACGUCGUAGAAAAUCGAAGCGAGAGGAUAUCUUAUAACAAAUGCUAAUAAACUGCUAAAAACCUGAAAUAUCAAUGGUUUUUUAACACAUUAAAAUAUUGUUUCUACAUUUUCUUGAGGAUUUAGCUGUGUCAUCGAAAUAUUAGUAGAUUUUACCUGAAUCAACAACAGGAUGACUGUAAGUGUAGAUUCCUUAAGCGGGCCUGCUUUAGUUAAUACAAAAUUAAUUAUAGUUAAAUUGUUACAAGUGACAACACCAUUCUUGUCUUCUUGCCAUUUCACUAAAUGUAAUUUCUUAAAUAUCCACAUUACAAGUUUCCCUGAGGAGUAUA